CGUUGCACGCCUCUGUUGUUACACGAAUGCCACGGGUCGGCGAUUUAACGGUUUGUCAGCGGAUUCCCCGCGAGUGUUCGUAAGCGGAUAAACGUAUUAAGGAGACGUUCGCCCGCGGCGGAGCGUUUCAGUUAGAAAAUAGAAGCGGCUGACGCGUGUCAGCGGUUUAAAAACGAGCGCACACGCCUGUGUACACGUAUUUGUUAUAAAUUUUAGCCCGACACCGUCAGUAAAAAUGUUUAUCGGCGUUCGCGGCCCACGCGAAUCAGCUCGGAACGCUUCGGCCGGAGAGGAACCAGUGGAAAGAGCGUGCCACGUGCGGACACGUUGAUAGAAACCUGCCAGAUAUCGAGCGGAAUUAAGUUGUUUAGCGAAAAGCUAGAGUUGGCGUCAACAAUUUUCAUCGGCGUUGGGACUGUCCGCGGUUUGGAUUAUCAGUCGCCGAGCGACCAGUGAAUUAUCGGAGCGCGAAACCGUAGCUUCGUUUUCCGGCUGCCAGGCAAACUGUAUUACACUCGAGAUUCGUUUAUGAAGUUUUCUGUCAAAAUCGUGUCAAUUCGUUUAUGAAGUUUCAUGUGAAAUUCGAACGAGUAACGUAGCUGUGUUUUAUAUAUACUUUGGGGAAUAUAUUUUCAAGGUUGUAAAAAUGAUAAUUUAUGUAUUAAGGAUUGUUUCAUUCGAAUUACUAAUUGGUACAAGUUAUACUAAUUUGUAAGUUAAAACGACAUUAAAGACUUCAUUCCCUAGUUUCACGAAGAGACAACUUGCUUUUACACUGUCAACAACUAGGUCGAAAUAACAAUUGGGUUGACCAAGUAAGACUUCUCUAUCCGAUACUACUAAAACGACGAACCCUUUAACACAGAGGAACCCACCCCCCGAAGGUGAUAAUCGAGUCAGAAACUUGUACUCUAGAAAAGAAUCAUCGAAUAUUUCUGAAACGAAACGUAUUCAGAGUCUAUAAGAAAGGCUCGACCUUGAAUAACCAAGAAAAAUACUUCGAAAGCUUUAAUUCCACGAACAUCGAGAAGAACCAGGAAACGCCCAAAAAGCGACUUCACGCGUGGACUUCUAACUCGAUUAUCGGGUGAAUUCGCAGGCAUUAAGGGUGUUCCCCAGAACGAAGCGAAGAGCGCCAUCGACCGGGACGUCCUCGAGGUAGAAUGUCAGCCCUCGUAAAUCCUGUGCCUUGCGGUGUGUAAGUACAAGGCGAUAUACGGGGAUUAUCGGGUGAAUUCGUGGGUCAUCCAACGCGUUCCCCGUCGAACGAAGAAUCUACUCAACUCGGGCAUCUUCCAAAAAAAUCGUCCAUUCAGAAUCGAACUUCAAGUUCCCGAUCGGUGGCUGCGAGAAAAGGGAGGAGACAUUCCUCGAGCGUGGAAAAGAGCAAAGGGCGGGCAGGGACAAGAGGCGUCGCGACUCGUCGCAGAGGAGAGGCCGAGGAGCGUCGGUUCCGUUGGCGUCGGUAGCCGCGCCGGUGGAAAGGGUAAUGGCGGUAUUGAUUGGAAGCGGAACUUGACCGCGCAAGCUCUCUCUGUCUCUGCCCUCAAUGAAAUGACGCGCUUACAUAUGGAACCACGACGGACGGGACAACGAUAAAAACCUGUGGAUACCACACCUGGCCGACACCUGCCAGUCGCCGCGGUGACGAUGACACCGUCCCUCUGCACCUGCACAUGGCUGCUGUUACCCUGUUGCGUCCUCGUCACCCUCUCCAUCGGCGAACUAAAGUUUUAUCGAGAUGAGGUGCCGGAAGCAUCGAAGAACGCGGUGCUGAGGCAGCUGAUCAAGGACGCGGAGUUCCGGCUGUCCGUGUUCCUGGCGAACCAGGCGCACUGGAAGCAGAUGGUGCUGGACCGGCAGAAGACGAGGGAGCUGUUGGAGGCGUUAAUGAGCAACGAGCCGAUCAACGAGAUGCCGCGGGAAAGGCAGCGCUACCUUCCCCUGCACCUCACCAAGUACUACCCGCCGCCCGAGAGGAACAACCCCUACGACAGUUCCGCGGAGUAUCCCAGCUUCGAGUUGCCUUACCUGCCGCUCAAGGACAACAUCGAGGAACCCGGUCUCCCGGAGAACGACUACGAGUACGACCAGGACGAGCUGCUCAAGCGUCGAGCUUACAUCGACCGGGUGAACCUCGCGAAAGGGAUGAAGAAGCUGUUGCCCGUUUACCAAGAGAGGUACGGGGAGCCGCCGAGCAGCGAGAACGACGACGACAAGAUGCAGGAGUCGCUCGAACCCGAACCGGACUUCACUUUCAAGAUGGACGACUCGAACCUGGCGGAGAGACACCCGUUCGCCGUGAAGCCCAACGAUCCUAGGUACUACCAGGACGGUCCCUUCUCAACGGGAGACGCCGAUCGCCCGAAUAUAGAGGUUCCAAUGAGAAACGAGACGAAGCCGGAACUGGGGAACGAGAAGAUCGGGGAGCAGCACAGGAUGCACGAGGAGUCCGCGAGGAACGCUGACCUGCAAUUCAAGGACACUUCGAUGAUCGUCUUGCCGGAGCUGGAGCGACGCACGGGCUACAAUCCUUUGGUUGUGCCAGUGAAUACUAACUUGAACAAUGAUAUAUACUUCAUCGCUAUCGUUGCCGGCUGCAGUGCGGCCGCGAUGUUCGUUCUUGUCUUGGUAACAUUGACCUGGUGCAGAUUGAAACGGGGAGCUAAAGCUGCAGCGGACAUAGAGUACCCUGCGUACGGUGUGACAGGGCCGAACAAAGAGGUGUCGCCUUCCGGAGACCAAAGGCUCGCGCAGUCCGCCCAAAUGUAUCACUUCCAACACCAGAAGCAGCAAAUAAUCGCAUUAGAGAAUCGUGUUUCUGCGUCCAGAGAUCCAGGCUCUGUUUCUGAAGCAGAGAGCGAGGAGGAGAACGAAGAAGGGGACUACACCGUCUACGAGUGCCCGGGAUUGGCUUCUACCGGUGAAAUGGAAGUGAAGAACCCACUGUUCCACGAUGACCCGACACCAGCAACACCAGCACAAAUGAAUAAAGAAGAGGACCACAUAUAGUUUGAGUAAAUUACGAGUAACAUUUAACACCUUAAAAUACGUUUUUUUUUCCCCCGGUGCUUAGCUCACUGUUAAUGUACCAUAUCGGAAAACAUUUAUCUAUAUAUUGAGUGUAUACAACUUUAAUAUUUAUAUGACGCAGGAAGUCAAGAUUGUAAAGUUAACUAAGGCCGCCUGACACGGGGGAUGACACUUUUGCGUUUUCAGCAAGGGAUUUUACCAAUGUGAAACGAUGAUGAACGCUACGACGUCGUCACGGACUAUCGUGUUUGUUUGAGAACACACCAUGACUUUUUUAACUCCAUGAUGUACUAUAGUUUGUACUUUCAUAGGAUGUAUGGUUAGCCAUACGGUUGACAUUAUUUUUCUACACACCGUUACUGACUUGCAACAUAGAGUACAGAUUGGAGGACAUAUUUUACUAUCCACGUUCUAAUCUCACUUGUCGACCAUCAGAUCCUGAUUUCCGUGAUCCAUCGAUGAUCCAACGAAUUUUCAACUAUUCAGUUUGCUCUUUCGAUCUUGUAUCACGAUAUCGCCAUUCGAUCGUCGGCGGAUGAAACCUGUUCGUUUCACCGAUAGGAUGGUGCCGAAGGUAAAUUUAUUUCACCGCUUCGACGUUCGCGGGACGUGCUACGGGAAUCACUUUGAUAACUUUAUAAUUAAUCUGCUUACAAUAACGAAAUAGCGUGUGCAAACUUGUAUCUGGUCCACGGUGAUUCGUGCGACGCACCGAUCAUUUUCGUUUAGAAAUUCAAACGGUUUUCGAACGAUACGAAAUUUCGCAAAUUCUUUCAUUAGAGUAUUCUUCUUAUUAUUUUGAAAUACCCAGGGAAUUCAAGUAAUUUCGAGCGCAUACUCUUUCCGGAAUACACGUAGUUUAUAUGUGGUGUCAUAAUCAUACGAAUUUAUAUCAUACGAUGUAUAUCCGUUUAAGUUCGAUGGUUUCUCACGAGGAGGAGAAGUAACGUUGAAACGGCGAGGACGACUUAAGAGAGUACAGCGAAGUGCGAGGGAAAGAAAUAUUUUACGUGUUGAUCUGUCGCAAUUAACGUUUGAUUUCGAUAAUCGUUGUGUCUGCGUUCCGCUUUCCGUUUUGUUGCAUGUGCUGAUUACGUCCGCUAUUGUUGCUGAAACUUUCCAUUUUUCGGGCAAAAGAAUUCUGUGUGUGUAUAUAUAUUUGUUAGGAAAGACCUGGCCCUUUAAAUAUCGACUACUAUACAUAUGAUAUAUAUAUACAUACAUAUAUAUAUAUAUAUAUAUAUAUACAUGAUUGAUUGGCUUGAAGCGAUGAUACGUAUUUUAUUUUUCUAUGAUACUUAUAAACUGUUAAUUGUGAGACAGUUCUAUGAUGGAAGAGCCUAUUAUUGUAACCGAGAUGACGAGAUAUAGAAAUGACUAUUUAUUUUGACAAACUCGAAGCACUUACAUGUAAUUUAGCGCCGACUACGGCGAACCUAUCCAGAGCAAGGAUUACACUACUUACACUUUUCCAGUAAUCUGUCGGAUACUACAAAACGAAACGUAACUUCCAAUGACUUGUCUGUUUGGAGAAUCAAUCGUGCUACCCCUGGCAGUUCAUUGUUUCGAAAGUUGUUCACCUUUGACAUCGGUACGCUACCGAUCAAUUAGAUUGACUUAUCUAUCAUUUCGUAUACAAAUCAAAAUAACAGAUUUAUCGAUAUUCGAAACGUUUCUUCAUUUUAUAUCUGUACACGCGAAUUUAUUUGACAAUUUCCCUGAAAAGUAUCUUCGCGAUUUCGAUACGCGAAACGUCUCGACACUUGGAAAAUAAAAAUGUCUGGUCGUUCUAGGUGUUAACCCCUUGUCAAUCUUUUUCCUCUUCGAAACAUUGGAAACGAUGAACAUUUUCUUACACGCUUUGUACAGUUUUCGUUCAGUGUACAGAAUUGUUAUUUCAUGCACGGCGAAGAGAUAAGAAUCUUUAUUAUUUAUUAUUUAUUAUUCAUUGUCCUGAAUUAUACGAGACUCUUUGCUAGGGGUAGCGAGCGAAAGGUUGAUACGGGUCAGCGGCAUGAAUUUAUCGUUAGCCUUUCUAUGCCUUUACAGCACUGCAUCGUCUAUUAAAUGAAUUCGUUAAAUUUUAUAGAAGGGACACUAUGGAAGGACAAUCUGUGUACAAAUAGACUAUUGUAUAGUGAUUUGUAGCAUGAUUGUAUGUGUCGUGAGCUGUAGCAUAGGCGCAAUGAAGAGCAUUGCGAUUCAUGUUCGCGGUAUGUUCCGUAAAUGUAUACACGUUACCACCGUUAUUUUCGUUCUUCCAUUAAUCCGAAACUGGUGUAAUAUAUAUAUAAAUGAUAAAUAAUGUAUUAUUAUUUUACUAAAUAAAUUGUUUAUUUUGUAAAGAACCCUCG